UCUGCCUCCCUCCUACAAGAUUUAAUUAUCAUAGGGUACCCGACACAGUUCGCACUGCACAUUGCUCUCGCUCCACCCUCCCAAGAUUUAUCAGGGUCUCCGGUGGUUUUUCUUUCCAAUUUUCUUCGUAAAGGUUUUCCGUGCCUCGGGCGGCAUUUGUAAUUCGGAUAGCUGUGCCCAUAAGCAAAUCACAGAAGGAGAAUGGUGGCGGUGGUAGAGGAGACACUCAGGAAGGAGGAAACGGCAGUGGAAGAAGAAGACGAUGAGCACGAAUGCAAGGAGAGGGUUUUGCAGAAGUACUUCUUGCAGGAAUGGAAGGUUGUUAAAUCUCUCCUUGAAAACAUCGUUUCCAAUGGCCGCGUCUCCGAUCCCUCUUCCGUCCACAGAAUUCGAUCCAUUAUGGACAAGUAUCAGCAAGAGGGACAGCUACUGGAGCCUUACUUAGAGAGCGUAGUCUCUCCUUUGAUGUCGAUUGUGCGUAGUAAAACAAUUGAAUUAGGGGUCACUUCGGAUGAGAUACUUGAAGUAAUCAAACCCAUUUGCAUCAUUAUCUAUUGCCUGGUUACUGUUUGUGGAUACAAGGCGGUUAUCAAGUUCUUUCCACAUCAAGUUUCUGAUUUGGAACUCGCAGUUUCUCUUUUGGAGAAGUGCCAUGAUAAGGCUUCAGCUACGUCUUUGCGGCAGGAAAGUACAGGAGAGAUGGAAGCAAAAUGUGUGAUACUUCUGUGGCUUUCAAUUCUUGUAUUAGUUCCGUUUGAUAUAUCCUCUGUUGAUUCUAGUAUUGCAAAUAGUAGUGAUCUUGGUGAACUUGAGCUUGCCCCUCUUGUUUUGAAGAUUUUAAAAUUCUCUAAAGAUUACCUAUCCAAUGCGGGUCCCAUGCGCACCAUGGCUGGACUUCUGCUAUCUAAGCUUCUAACCCGUCCCGACAUGACAAAGGCCUUUACCAGCUUUAAUGCAUGGGCACAUGAAGUAUUAUCUUCUGGCAAAGAUGAUGUCAUGUCGCACUUUCAGUUACUAGGUGUUGUGGAGGCACUGGCUGCUAUUUUCAAGGCAGGUGGUCGGAAAGUGUUGAUGGAUGUUGUUCCCAUUCUUUGGAAUGAUGUUUCAUCAUUAGUCAAGUCUGGUACUGCAGCUCGUAGUCCUUUGCUUCGUAAGUAUUUGAUGAAGUUAACUCAGCGGAUAGGACUGACUUGCCUCCCCCAUCGUUCACCAGCAUGGUGUUAUGUGGGCAGAACUAGCUCACUUGGAGCGCAUGUUUCUCUUACUGUAUCUAAAAGACCUGAUCAAUGGAGUCCUGUUGCAAACAUGUACCCCACCAAAGCAGAAGAAACUUCAAAUGACAUGCAAGAUGAAGAUAUGGAUGUUCCAGAAAUUGUAGAAGAAAUCAUUGAGAUAUUACUUUCUGGAUUAAGAGAUACGGACACCGUUGUGCGUUGGUCUGCUGCAAAAGGUAUAGGCCGCAUAACUUACCGUUUGACAUCUGUCCUCUCAGAAGAGGUCUUGUCCUCUGUUUUGGAGCUGUUUUCACGUGGAGAAGGUGAUGGUUCUUGGCAUGGAGCUUGUUUGUCAUUGGCUGAACUAGCACGUAGAGGGUUGCUAUUGCCUGCCAAUCUUCCCAAAGUUGUACCUUUUAUUGUGAAGGCACUGCAUUAUGACAUUCGAAGAGGUCCGCAUAGUAUUGGGUCUCAUGUACGUGAUGCUGCUGCCUACGUGUGUUGGGCAUUUGGGCGGGCGUAUUAUCACACUGAUAUGAGAGAAGUAUUGGAGCAGCUUGCUCCACACUUGUUAACAGUGGCAUGCUAUGACCGAGAGGUCAAUUGCAGAAGAGCAGCAGCAGCUGCUUUUCAGGAGAAUGUUGGAAGACAAGGCAAUUAUCCACAUGGCAUUGACAUAGUGAAUACUGCAGACUAUUUUUCACUUUCAUCACGAGUAAACUCAUACCUCCAUGUUGCUGUCUCCAUUGUUCAGUAUGAAGGAUACCUAUAUCCAUUUGCAGAAGAACUGUUGUAUAACAAAAUUGGUCACUGGGAGAAAGGCUUGAGAGAACUUGCUGCAGAGGCCCUCUCCUCUCUUGUCAGAUAUGAUCCAGAAUUUUUUGCUAGCUAUGUUUUGGGGAAAUUGAUCCCUUGUACUCUAUCCACUGAUCUAUGCAUGCGUCAUGGUGCAACCUUGGCUUCAGGGGAAAUUGUUUUGGCUUUACAUCAAUGUGCUUACGCACUUGCCACUGAUAAACAGAAAGAUGUAGCUGGUAUAGUUUCUGCUAUAGAAAAAGCACGUCUUUAUCGUGGGAAGGGUGGAGAGAUAAUGCGUUCUGCUGUUUCCCGCUUCAUUGAGUGCAUCUCCUUGUGUCAUUUGACAUUACCAGAAAAGAUAAAGUGGGGUUUACUUGAUACUCUUAAUGAUAAUUUGAGGCAUCCUAAUUCUCAAAUACAGAAUGCUGCUGUUAGAGCUCUUGAGCGCUUUGUGCGAGCAUACCUUGUCAGUGCAAAAUGUGAGACUGAAAGUGGUGUAACAGCAAAAUACCUGGAACAGUUGACUGAUCAAAACGUUGCUGUAAGAAGAGGAUCUGCAUUAGCACUAGGUGUUUUACCAUAUGAAUGUUUGGCUGAUCGGUGGAAACAUGUCCUUUUGAAGCUUUGUAGCUCUUGUGCAAUUGAGGACAACCCUGAGGACAGAGAUGCUGAGGCACGAGUAAAUGCUGUCAAAGGACUCAUUUCAGUGUGUAAGACAUUAACUCAGGCGAGAGAAUGUUCUGAUAUUUGUUCUGGAGAGGACCACAUGUCUGUGUGUCAAGUUAUCAAGAAUGAAGUGAUGUCAAGCUUAUUUAAAGCUCUUGAUGAUUAUUCCGUUGAUAACAGAGGUGAUGUUGGUUCUUGGGUUCGUGAGGCUGCUAUGGAAGGCCUUGAGACAUGUACAUAUAUCCUCUGUGUCAUGGAUUCCAAUAGAAAAUCCUAUGGAGUUGAAUCUCCGUUAGAGAUGCCUGAAGGAGCUGGGAAUGGAAGAAUGAUCCCCUUUUUUGAUGCAAAUCUUGCCAGCUGUUUGAUUCAAGGAAUUGUUAAGCAAGCUGUAGAGAAGAUGGAUAAAAUAAGAGAAGCUGCAGCAAAGGUUCUCCAAAGAAUAUUGUAUAACGAGACAAUAUUUGUCCCAUUCAUACCGCUGAGGGAAAAGCUAGAAGAAAUUGUUCCUAAUGAAGCACAUUUAAAAUGGGGGGUACCCUCCUUUUCAUAUCCUCGAUUUAUAAAAUUGCUUCAAUUUAGUUGUUAUAGUAGAGCAGUGCUGUCAGGCUUGGUUAUUUCAAUUGGUGGAUUGCAAGAUUCUUUACGGAAGGCAUCAAUCUCUGCGUUGUUGGACUAUAUUCAAGCAGUUGACUCUGAAGACCCUAAGGAGAGAAUGUCAAGAGAAUAUACGUUAUCAGCUGACAUCAUUUGGGUGCUCCAACAGUACAAGAAAUGUGAUAGAGUCAUUAUACCUACUCUAAAGACAAUUGAGAUUCUUUUCAGCAAAAAGAUAUUCUUGAACAUGGAGGUUCAUACUCCAAUCUUCUGCAAUGGUGUGUUGGAUUCUAUUGCUAUUGAAUUGAAAGGGUCUAAGGAUUUCUCAAAGCUAUAUGCUGGCAUUGCAAUUCUUGGAUAUAUUGCUUCACUUCUGGAGCAUGUAAACACUCGGGCAUUCUCUCAUCUUCUUACUUUUCUUUGCCAUCGAUAUCCCAAGAUUAGGAAAGCUUCUGCCGAGCAAGUUUACCUUGUACUCUUGCAAAACGGGAAUCUUGUUCCAGAGGAGAGGAUGGAGAAAGCCCUUGAAAUUAUAUCCGACACUAGCUGGGAUGGUGACAUUGAGGCUGCAAAGCAUCGGAGGUCAGAAUUGUGUGAGAUUGCAGGCCUGGAUCUGGGAGAACUUGUUGGCAGCAGAGAUAUAGUAUCAAACAAGGACAGGGAGAAGAGGCGUGUGGCUGAUGAAAAUGCUUCGUAUUCCUCGCUUGUUGGAUCGACUGGGUUCUGAUUUCUGAGUUCUGGCGGAUCGUAACUCCUCUCCCGACCAAAGAAAACAUUGUGCUUGAAAUUUUGUGCUAGAUUUUUUCCCAAUAGAUGUCAUAACGAACUAAUGCAUGAUUAUAUGAGCGUCCUAAAAUUGAAACUA